AUGUCGCACAUGCAGUCACAUCCAAGUUCGGGUAACGAACAUCUCGCGCAUGAAGACCUGGAUCAGUGCCGGACCUUCACACACUCUGAUGUGAUCCACUACCUUUAUUUUGAAGACAACGAUGGCUUCUUUCCACCAAUUUGGAUUGGAAAAGACUCACAGCAAAGACCCUCGACCGAAAACUCGAGCAACUUCGAGGACAGAGACACCAACACUAGUGCCUACAAGGAAAGAACAUGA